AUUUCUUGGCUUCAGCUGGUUCACAAUAAUAUAAUACGAUUACAAUGUAUUUAUCAGCAAAUUACCCAAAAAUUAUUUGUUAUUUGAUUUUAUUUAAAUUUGUGUGGGCCUUUGACGAUGUUCCUAAAAAUGACAACAAAAGUAAAUUGAAAAAUAUUGAUUUUAAAAACAACGAGGAAUGUAUAAGUCAUUACUCUUCCAUAUGUGCCAGAACAGAUAAUAAGGACCAUCUAAAAAAUUAUCAAUUUGAAAAAAGAAUGAAUGAUUUAUAUUUGUUAUCUAUGAAUGCAUUUAAAAAUUAUCUUAAGGAUGAAAAAAUUGAUCGAAAUAUCAAACCUUUGGCAGUGGAACAUACCUUAUUCAAAAAUUGUAUGAAACUAGAAAAUGACUUAGAUGAAGAUGAAUAUUAUACGAUGGAUGGCAUGUUUGAGUCGAUUUUGCACAAAUUCCAUCAAACUUCUCGAGCUCAGUCUUGGUUAAAAGAGCAGGAAAUGUUGGCUGCCUUCGGUUUUGAGUACACUUUUUUUAAUAUUAAUAUUGGUAUUAAUCCGAAAAACCCUAAACAAAGCAUAAUAGUAUUAGAACCUCCGUUGGUAGAAGAUUGGAAGGCUAAAAAAUUGAUAAAUUCAAUGAAACAGUUAUUUAUAAAUUUACAAUUCAAAACGAGAAACUACUGUAAAAAGGUUUUGCAUUUUUCUUUUAAAGAGAACCAAAAUAGCGGAUCUGGCUCGAUAACUGAUGAUUUUGAGUUUUUCGGUUUCGAUGAUGAAACAGAUGUUGAUAAUAAUACAUUAGAAUUCAGUUGGUCAUCAAACAUAAACGAAAAUAAAAAUGCUAUUGAUUUAUUAUGUCAACCGUUCGUUGGAGUAUCAAAAUCUGCUAUGACUAAGAUGAUAAUUGCAAAAAAAGAUAGAGAUGCGAUCGAACUUUUGGAAGAAAUAGUUGAAGCUGUACAUAACACGAAAAAUGUUUAUCCUGAAAAGUCAACUUAUAAAUUAUUGACGAUAAAAUCAUGGAAUGAAAUGUAUUACGAGGUUGCUCAGCAAAGUACAGCUCAGAUUAAUUGGUUAAAAGUACUAAAAGAUAAAUUGAAAUUCCUUGGGAUAAGUACGAAUGAUGAUGACUUAAUUAUUGUAAAAAACAAACCAUAUUUUUUUAAACUUGCAACGAUUUUAAGAGAUUAUUCUAUGGAAGAAAUUGACUACGCGAUGAGAUCCAAAAUUGUAGCCGAAAAUUUACGGUAUCUGAAUUGGAAUUUGGCCCAAAGCAUCGAUCCUAUUGAAAAGCCGGAAUUUUGUUUUCAGGAAACAAAAUUAUAUGGUUUAUCUGACAUCGUUUUCAAAGUAUUCAAAGAAGAAUUAAUGCUCAAAUCGCGCAUUCCCCUUGCACAGAAGGUUCUCAGCAACAUUUAUGCAGAGCUUCGAGAUGAAAUCUAUGCUUCAACUCAGUUGACAAAAGUAAAAAAAGAGUUUUUAGCUUACGAAUUGAAAGCAAUUAUUAGAGAUAUUUUUUCUAACGAAUCAAAUUAUGAUUUAAUUUUAUUUUACUACGACAAGUUUCAUGUUUCUGGUAAUUAUUUUGUUGAUAUUAUUAACUAUCGCCGAAUUAUGGGAGAAAUGAAAUUUCGAAAGUUGCAGAAAAAUUUAUCUUCAGCAAAACGAUUUACGCCCUUCAGCGUGGCUGAGCUUGAAAAUCCUCGCAAUCGAUUUGUUUUACAUAAUAUAUUAAGUUUAUUUUUGGUACCAUCAGAAACUGAUGAAGAAACCUAUUAUGCAACGUAUGGGAUUAAGUUAACAGGUUUAUUGAUAGCUUUUCUUCAUGAAAAUCCUUUUGAGCGAAAUAUGCCAGAUUUCCAUGAUUUCAAUGUACUUUUACCGAACACGACACAUCGAGUCGAUGACAUGCAAUGUUUAAUGGGAUUAGAGAAUGUAAAAGAUCUCGAUCAUAAUUCGAGGUCUUUUAUAAAUAAAAUUAUAACCGAAGCUUUGAGUAUCAACAUCGCAAAAGAAGCUAUAAAACGCAACUGGAGUCAAGAGGUUUCCAUUCAAAACCUUUAUGAAUCUUACUUUUUAACUCAAUGUGACAGCACCAUGUAUUUCGAAAGAGACAUUUUAGUCAAAUUCAUUUGUGAUGGUGAAUUUUUAGAGAGAAAUUGUACAUUAUCAUUAUUUGGAAAUUAA